CCACCGGAACCGGAACUUCUUCCUUUCCGUCUCUCUUCCUCUGCCGAAAAGGACAGUCAACAUGGCAUCGUCUCAUUUGCAGUGGAUGGUUGUGAGGAACACCUCCAGUUUCCUUAUCAAGAGGAACAAACAGACCUACAGCACUGAGCCAAAUAAUCUGAAGGCCAGGAAUGCUUUCCGUUUCAAUGGUCUCAUUCACCAGAAGACUGUUGGCAUCGAGCCGGCCGCUGAUGGCAAGGGUGUGGUCAUUAUCCUAAAGAAACGUGCUGGUCAGCGUAAGCCUGCCACCUCGUAUGAGAAGAUCACCAUCAACAAGAACUCUCGCGCCACCCUCGCCAGUGUCAGGAACAUCAUCCGCAGAAAUAAAUACAGGAGGGACCUGCGCAUGGCUGCUCUGAGACGCACUAGCGCCAUCUUGAGGAGUCAGAAGCCAGUGGUGGUGCGCAAGAAGCGUUCCAGGGCCACCAAAAGUUCAUAAAUUCACACAGUUCAUGUACAGCUUUUGACUUAAUAAAAGCGCUUUUGGUCAAAUA